GACGCGUGAAAGGGCGUGGCCACAUCAUGGCGCAGUGCAUGUGCGGCUGCUCGGAGCGGAGCUAGGGACCUUCCAGGAAAAAAUGCUGAAAGAUCCCAAUACCCACCAAUAUUAAGAUAAAAUGAUUGCUGCUGGUGACCUUUGCCUUGAAGACAUUGAAGAUAUUGUGUCGGCAGAAGAUCCAAAGCCCUUUGAUCGUCAGUUCAGUAGAAAAAACAUUAUUCCUAAAGUGCGAAAACGCCAGUCACAAAAGAACGUGGAAGUGGAUGAUCCUCCCCCUAGAGAUAGUGUGAUUCCCGGUAUACAGAAAAUUUGGAUACGUACAUGGGGAUGUUCCCAUAAUAGUUCAGAUGGCGAAUACAUGGCUGGACAGCUAGCCGCUUAUGGAUACGGUAUAACAGGACCCUGCCAGAAUUGAGGUGGUAGAUGCCACGUUUCUGUCAAAGAAUAUUCUUUAUUUUCCUGACUUCUUAACUUGUUCACCUAAGAUGCAUCUGCAGUCUUUCCCCUCCCUUCCUUCCUUAACGUACAGAUGGAAAGUCAGUUAAGUGCUAUCACAGAAGGACUGACUUGGAUGUCUUCUCAAAGACCAAAAUGGUUGAGUUGCCAACCUAAGAUGAAUGUCAUUUGAGAUUUGCAGUCAAUGGCAUGCUUGUGAAUAUUUUUUGGCAUUUCUGGCCCACCACAAUGAAACAUUAUUGUGUAUAAAAGCAGAGGGAGAGACUCCCACUGAGUAGAAGACACUGACAUUUGUCUUGCAUGUCAAAAUCCUUGGCGCGGGGAUCUACUUACAAUGCAGAGCAACUUUGUCUUGGAGGCCUAUAAAUAGCUUUUUGACUUCAUCCAGCCAAAAGUGAAUAGCUGUUGAUUAGUAAAAGGUAUUGCAAUAUAGAGGAGUAGGCUUUUUGGCUCAGUUUUAAAUAUAAGACAGAUUUCUUGGCUGCUUAUAUAUUUGUAAGACUUUUCAGACCUUCAGAGUUCAUUGGCUCUAUUUCAGGGUGGAAAACGUGCUUGCUCAUUGGUUCUGUUUGCAAAACUAGGAAACUAAAUUGUACUUCGAUCUGCAAAAACCAGCUUUCCUUAUUGAUGGUGCGGUAUUGUUUUGUCCUUCACAAAGCGUGUAAGAUGUAAUCUAGCAUGCAAAAAGGAAAGGAAAUAAGACCAUGCACUAUACAGAUCUGUAAGUUUUCCAAGUUUCAGUUACAUACUUGUCUCAAUUGAUAUGAAUAGAGAAAAGUUUAACUUAACUUUCAGAAUAUAUUAGAAUAGAUUUGGGGGUCUUGAAAAGAGCUUUAUAAUUGGAAACCUGUACUUGGUUAUCUUGGAUUAAACUAUACUGGAUAGUAAGACAUUUUAAGUCUGACUAAACAUUCUAUAAGAGAUGGGCUUUUCACAAUCUGAGUUGAGAAUUUGUCUUAUCUCUGCACUUUUUUGUGGCAAACAGAUUCAAACUGGAUCUAACAAAUGUUUCAAAACAAAGCAUGAGAAAAUAUACCACGAAUAGAAACUUCAGGGAGAUUUGAAAAACUGCUUUCACAUAAAUCAUAGCGUUCAACUAUAGGAAACAAACUAUUUCUUGUAAUGUAUUUUCCAAACAAAAUCAUUUGGGGGGGGGGGGGGAGGUAUGCGAAAACAUACCUGAAGAAAUCAGAUUUUAGUUUGUUUUGACUGAAAACUCAUUUAAGAUAAGCAUGAAAAGCUUAUGCUCCAUAUCCUAUCUGACUAACCCUUUCUAUGGAAAGGACGUCGUGUGCGUGGCAUUUCUUAUUUUUUAUUCAUGUAGCUGAUCUCGAUUUAUGUAGCUCAGUGGUCUCCAACCUUGGCAACUUUAAGACUUGUGGACUUCAACUCCCA